AUGCGUGCAAGUACGGUUGAUAUUCAACCGAAUGCAACAUGGUCAAAGAAUGGUAUCACUGUUGCUGGAGGAAAUGGACAUGGCAGUGGAACCAAUCAACUCUAUUCCCCACAUGGUUUGUACGUCGACGAUGAUCUAACGAUUUAUGUCGCUGAUCGUGAUAAUCAUCGUGUUGUUGAAUGGAAAUCCGGUGCAACGAAUGGACAAGUAGUUGCUGGUGGGAAUGGAGCAGGAAAUGAAGCUAAUCAAUUAAAUUAUCCACGAGAUAUGAUUAUCGACAAAGAGAGCGAUAGUCUCAUCAUCUCCGAUUACGAUAAUAAAAGAGUAGUUCGAUGGCCUCGUCCAAAUGGUACUCGUGGAGAAACAAUUAUUUCAAAUAUUGCUUGCAUCGGUUUGACAAUGGACGACAAUGGUUGUCUCUAUGUCGUUGACUAUGAAAAACAUGAAGUGAGACGAUAUAAAAUGGGUGAUACUCAAGGAACAGUAGUUGCAGGUGGCAAUGGAAAUGGAAAUCGUCUCGAUCAACUCUCUGAUCCCCGCUACGUAUUUGUCGAUCGAGAUCAUUCAGUUUAUGUGUCUGAUCGUCACAAUCAUCGUGUCAUGAAAUGGGACGAAGGUACCAAACAAGGCAUUCGCGUAGCCGGUGGCCAAGGACAAGGAAAUAGUCUUACCCAAUUGAAUGAACUUCGAGGAGUCGUUGUCGAUCAAUUGAGUACUGUCUAUGUGACUGAUAAUCAUAAUCAUCGAAUCAUGCGUUGGCCAAAAGGAGCCACACAAGGAAGUAUCAUUAUUGGUGGAAACGGUCAAGAGGCACAGUCGAAUCAACUUGCUUUUCCCGUAGGUUUAUCAUUUGAUCGACAUGGUAAUCUCUAUGUCGUCGAUAACGGAAAUCAACGAGUACAAAAAUUUAAUAUCCAGUGA